UCACCCCUCAUACUGAGGCAGCGUUGCUCCGUACACGCCGCUCCAGUCAGCGGAGAAGCAGGCGGAUACACUGAUGGCUCGUAUUUCUGUUGACUUUCACAUUAUGUUGUUGGCUGUUACGGUUUGUCUCCUACCUCCUGGCCUAGCUCCAUCCCUCUGGCCGUCUGUGACAUCGGACUGACCGAAGGUUAAUGCCCGGACUGUGAGAGCAGCACGCCGGAUCGGUGCAUGCGGUGAAGGCGCGUUAAAAAAAACCUCCAUCUCUGCCUGACGGAGAGCCGAGGGGAGCUGUCUGCCUGGCCACGCCUAACGACUAUGAGUCUUUGCUCUUGAAGAUUUCAAAGAAAGAAAAUUGUCAUCUUGAUUUCCAGAGAUGGGUUCCCGCAGCCAAGGCUUCUUCCACCACCACCACCACCAUCGUAGCUCCAUGUUGCCGGCUACGGUGCCAAGGCUGCUGCCUGAGAGUAGCAGCUUGCUGGGGGGCAUCGCACAGAUCACCCCCAACCUCUAUCUCAGCAGGGGAAACGUGGCAUCCAACCGCAGCCUGCUGCUGUCCAAAGGCAUCACCUGUGUGGUCAACGCCACCAUCGAGCUGCCCAACUUCAACUGGCCUCAUAUGGAGUAUGUGAAGGUCCCUCUGGCAGAUAUGCCCCAUUCCCCCAUCUCCUUGUACUUCGACAGCGUGGCGGAUAAGAUCCACAGCGUAGGAAGAAAGCGAGGGGCAGUGCUGGUGCACUGUGCAGCGGGGGUGAGCCGCUCCGCCUCUCUGUGUCUGGCGUACCUCAUGAAGUAUCACCGUGUGUCUCUGGCAGAGGCCCACGCCUGGGUCAAAGCCCGGCGCCCCGUCAUCAGGCCUAACGGUGGCUUCUGGCGCCAGCUCAUUGAGUACGAGAGGAAGCUGUUUGGAAGGAACUCUGUAAAGAUGGUGCAGACACCGUACGGGGUCAUACCUGAUGUUUACGACAGGGACCGCAGGAGUCUGGCUCCGUACUGGGGCCUGUGAGGGGCUAACUGUCCACAGCAAGGAUCGCAACGUUGAGAGUAGCCCUCUUGCUGCUCUGGACUGCAGGUUCCUGCGUGCUCAGAAGUGGCAAAGUGUGAGUGUACAUGUGUGUGAAGCUUAUUUAAUGGUGUGUUUGGACAGAGGGAGUCAUUGGAAACACUGGGUGUUAAUGUGAAAGUUGUUCGUUUAAACAGUUGCCUCCAUUUAGCAUUUGAGUGGGAGCAAGGCAACAUAAAGCCCAGAAUCCUUCGGACCAAAGGAUCCAUCAGACCGCUAUGAUGUCAGACACCAAAAAAGAUUGUGGAGGUCGCUGCUGUCUAUUUCCUGGUCUGUCUUCAGUUUCCAGCGCUCUGUGAAGGUGUCAGCUGUGAGACUCUGCAGCUCUGACAGAGAUGUGACUGAAAUCCUUUUCCUGACGUAGUGUCAUGUGGUGGUUUUGUGCAAGUUUUGAAGUAGUCUUUAGUGUGAAGGGCAGCAGCAUGCUCUCGAUUUAUGGUAGCAUUUAAGAUAAGUGUACAGUAAAAAUAUAUCAAACAAAAUAUUUUAAUUGAAUGUACUGAUAGUGGCAAAAAAUGUAUGAGACAGUUCAACUGUAAAGGUGUUAGUAUAUCGAUCUUUUUAAAGGUGAAAAUCUAGAAGAUGUAAGCAGCAAGUCAAGGUGAAAGUUCCUGUGUACCACAGGGUUGACUGUUCCAUCCUGUGACCACACUAUGUUAUUGUAGUGAUAUUUAAUGCUCUAUUAAACUAAUAUCUGCUGGCUCGUGGAAACUGGUAGCUCUAAUAUCCAAGCUUGGAAGAAUAUUCUUGACCCCCUUGUGUCCACACAGGAAAUCGGCAAAGGAUCCAGCUAGUACAGAACACGGGUUUGGUUCCUGUUUGUAGCCCCGCCCACUGAGUGAUGUCAUACAGGAUAAAUUCCCUUUGCGGUCGUCGACUACUUCAAAUUUCCUAUUUGUGCUGAACACAUUUUAAAAGCUCUCUUUAGCACUGAAUCAUCGCAGGGUUGAGUCCCCUCAGGGUGAGACAAGACCCGGAAUCUUGUCUCACCCUGAGGGGACUCUUUUAGGCAUCACUACCCUCAGAUUCAACGACUGGUAGAUCUUCCUUGGCAACAGUAAUCCUAUCAGCUACCUGCAGGUUAAAUUAACAUUAAAUUCAACAUUUUCAUAUUUGGUCUAUGGUUUCAUCUUCUUCUAAACAGUAUCCUGCAUUACUGUUAGUGAUCACAUUUAACGUAACAGCUUCAUCCAAGCUUAAAGGUUUAAUGGUUCUCUACCUGAAAUAUGUGUGUCCCUGGCAUGCCUACAAACCCCCCGAAAAUGAAAAAAAUCCAUUCUGCCCCUGUUCUGAUUUCUCCAUUUUUCUGUAAAUGUGUGCUGAAACGAGCCGUUUCAGUUUUCAGUGUUUUUCAUACGUCACAACGACAUCUGGUCUGUAACGGAAGUCAGAGCUCGGAGCUUGUUCAGACCAUAGACUAUAAAGUACAACUCAACUCCUCCUCCGUUUUUCAUUACCUGCACAAAUGUGUGCUAACAAGGAGCUUAGGAGGGAGGCAUGCUAGUUAUAGGCUGUCUUAAUAAACACAAAGGUCGGUUUUACUCCCCAGGUCUGCAGAUUUGAAGAUCUAGUGGAGGAUUUUAAUUUUUCAUGGAAAAGUGCUAGCGCUAGUUAGCAUAGCCACAUAGCUACAUGUUCAUAGCUGUGUACCAAGACACAGGUCGAAAUACUGACAAAUAAAACAACAAGAAACACUAAAUCUGUGACCAAUCGUUCAGAAAGGUCCUGCUGCAGGUGCUUCUCCGUCAGGAUCAGAUUCGGGAUAAAAUUCAGAGGGUUGAAGUAACGAGGGUCUGUGAGCAGCAUUGUAUAUUCAGCCAACAUGUAAACAUUAGAUCAAUGUGCUGGACAGCCAGGCCACAUCCACUUCCUGAGGGGGCGUGGUCAGAGAGCUCAUUCUCAUUUAAAGGCACAGACACAGAAAACAGACUGUUCUAAGCAGGGCUGAAAAAGAGGGUUUUUCAGGCAUGCCAAAAUCUGAUUUCAAAGUGUUUUUUUGAGCAUAAACUUUGAAGACAUGUUUUGGGGACCUCUUAGACCAAUAUGUUUUGAUGAAAAAGAGCAUAAUAUGUCACCUUUAGGUCAUGACAUUUUCUGUUGGUAUUCUUAACAGAUGCAGAAAAUAGCAGCGCCAGUAUAAGGACGUCUGUACUGUAGCUUUUCUGUUGCUGUUUCCUUUUCACUCAGUCAGCCUUGUAACACAGCCAAAGCCCCUACCCUGUUGAUGUUUGUUGUUGCGUUGUGUCUGUUUUCCUCAAUUUGGUUGAUGACUCUUUUACUGAGUACCUUCUUUGUUUGAACAUCCUUCACAUCUCUGUCUUUAAUUGAGUAGUGACUGUCAACCAUUAAUCACUAAUCAAACGUUUUGUGUUCCCCAAAUAAAUUAAAGGUAAUAUUAAAGAUA